AUUGAAGCACUGUGAGUCUGUGACAGUCGUCUUCCUCGUCUACUGUAUCUCUCUCUAUCAUCUCUUUCUCUCUCUAUGGUUUCGAGCUUCCAUUGGAUCCUGGCUUCCGCACCAGACGUAAUCAGCUAAAGCAGUGAAGAUAGAGUGUAACGCUCAAUUAAUCAUUAGGAUGAGAUAGAGUUUGAUUGAUUGAUUGAUUGAUUCGAUUAAUGUGAUGAGCAAAGCAGACCGGAAAAAUGGGGCACCACCACAAUAGCCACUACCACCAGCACACCACCGCGACGGAUGGAGACGGCGGCGGCGGUUUAUCUCAGCGUGUCAACAGCCCUAGGUUCUCCGGCCCAAUGACCCGCCGAGCGAACUCCUUUAAGCGAAACAAUAACCAUACGAAGAGCAGCGCCGGCAAUACCAACUUACAGAAUAGCAGCAGUAGCAUCAGCAACAACGCACAUCAUCAUGAGAUCAUUGAUCUUCAGCUCAACUCACCCAGAUCUGAGACUCCGGUUGCCGGCGACGGUUCCGAGCAUUUUAGGACGGCUCACGCCAGCAGCGUGGCGCAGAGGCCGCAUUUGAGGAGACGGAUUUCGUAUCUGAGUGUGGAUUUGGGGGAAUUCGGAUUGGAGUUGAAAGGGAAGAAAAAAUUGGGGCAGUGGAUGUUUUUUAUGUUCUGUGGAGUGUGUUUGUUUUUAGGCGUCUUCAAGAUUUGCGCCACGGGAUGGUUUGGAUCUGCCAUUGAAAGGCUUGGAAACAAUCAGGAUGUAGAUUACUCGGAUGCAAGUCAUAUAGAUCGCCGUGAUCUAGCCUCUCAUGAUUCUAGUUUUGUGGAGAAAGCAGGCGAUUAUGGGAGGAGAGAAAUUGAGGUGGAGCGAAGGCUAACCAUAGUAGCCUCGGAGGUGAUAGAUAGCCACAAUAGUAAGGCCGACAUAGCUCAUUCAGAGAUAUGGUUGAAUCCUGACAAUGAGAAUUUCACUCAGUGUGAUGAUUGGCCGAAGGGUCACAAAAAGCUGGAUCCAAACACAAAUGGCUACCUUCUCACAAAUGCAAAUGGUGGCUUAAAUCAGAUGAGAUUUGGGAUAUGUGAUAUGGUUGCUGUUGCUAAAAUCAUGAAGGCCACACUUGUUCUUCCCUCUCUUGAUCACAGCUCCUAUUGGGCUGACGACAGUGGUUUCAAAGAUCUUUUCGACUGGCAAUACUUCAUUGAGGCACUGCGAGGAGAUGUUCAUAUAGUUGACUCAUUGCCACCCGAAUACGCUGAAAUUGAACCCUUCUCAAAGACGCCAAUUUCUUGGUCCAAGGCUGGCUACUAUAAGGCAGAGGUGCUUCCACUUCUGAAGCAGCAUAAAGUAAUUUACUUCACGCACACUGAUUCACGGCUGGCCAACAAUGGACUAUCCACUUCAAUACAGAAGUUAAGAUGCCGCGUAAACUACAGAGCAUUAAAGUAUUCUGCACCCAUUGAAGAUCUCGGCAAAGUUUUGGUGUCUAGAAUGCGAGAAGAUGGCAGCCGUUACCUUGCACUGCAUCUAAGGUACGAGAAGGAUAUGCUCGCAUUUACAGGUUGCAGCCAUAAUUUGACCAGUGAAGAAGAUGAAGAGCUCCGCCAGAUGAGAUAUGAGGUCAGCCAUUGGAAGGAGAAAGAGAUAGACGGUGAUGAAAGAAGAAAGCUUGGCGGCUGCCCUUUGACUCCUCGGGAGACUGCCCUCUUGCUUAAAGGCCUCGGCUUCCCUUCCAGCACUAAAAUUUACUUGGUCGCAGGCGAAGCUUACGGGAAUGGGAGCAUGCAAUAUCUUACCGAUAUUUUCCCACAUAUCGUUUCCCACUCAAAGCUGGCAACCGAGCAAGAGUUGAAUCCAUUUCAGAAUCAUCAGAAUAUGUUAGCUGGUCUGGAUUAUGUUGUAGCUCUCGAGAGCGAUGUUUUCGUCUAUACUUACGAUGGCAACAUGGCCAAGGCAGUGCAAGGUCACCGGCGCUUCGAGGGCUUUAAGAAAACCAUCAAUCCGGACAGGAUGAAGUUUGUGAAACUGGUUGAUGAUUUUGAUGAGGGUAAAAUCACUUGGAAGAAAUUUAGCUCCAAAGUCAAGAAGCUUCACAAAGACCGAAUAGGAGGGCCGUAUUUGAGGGAGCCGGGCGAGUUUCCAAAACUGGAAGAGAGUUUUUACGCCAAUCCUCUCCCCGGCUGUAUUUGCCAGAAAACACCCGAAGAUCACCGGUCCAGUUAGCUAAAUUCUUGCUGUUUUCGCAGGGUUCUACUGUGAGAAAAGCCCUUAAGGACCUCUCACAAAAAUCCAGUUCCACAAUCAAGAGUUGCCAAGACUGAAUGAUUCGCCGGAGACAUUUUCCGGUUGGCGGCUGCACAAAGCCAGCUCUAACCAGAAGGGGGAAACCCCCCCGGCAGUUCUAUCGCAGAAUUCGUGGAGUCUCGGUAGCUGCUGGCAAGACUGAGUUUUUGCGGAUUUGUCAAGUGCAGUCAUUUAUGUGAUGAACCAAAGUAUACAGAGACAUACAUACAUAUAUAAAUUGCAUUGAAGUUGAUAUAUAUACUUGAUAGAUUUUCCACUGA